AUGGCAGCACAUCGGACUGGCGAUGUCAACGCGGCAAAUGGCUACAAGAAUCAACCUAGUGGAUAUCAAUUGAAAGAACUGAAUGAUUCGCAAAAGCAAUACAUACGUUCUUCCAUCCCUAUCCUGGAAUCAUCUGGAGUAGAAUUAACGAAAUUGUUUUAUCAAAAAAUGCUGAAGAACUAUCCCGAAGUGCGUCCAUACUUUAACAAAGUACAUCAGAAAUCUUUGUCUCAACCACGGAUUCUAGCAUUCGCCCUAUUAAACUAUGCUCGAAAUAUUGAUAAUCUUACUCUACUUUCAGAAUUGGUUGAUCAAAUCGUUACCAAACACGUUGGUUUACAAAUUAAAGCUGAACAUUAUCCCAUAGUUGGACAUUGUUUAUUAGCUACAAUGCAGGAAGUGCUCGGAAGGGACAUCGCUUGUCCUGGAUUUUUAGAAGCUUGGACUAUUGCUUAUGGAAACUUGGCAAAGAUUUUAAUUGACAAGGAAAAGAGCGUUUAUGAGAACCAACCAUGGAACGGUUUUGCUGAAUUUGAGGUGGUAAAGCUUAUAGACGAGUCUUUCGAUGUAAAAUCUGUCUAUUUUGCACCAAAGAACAAAGAGUUUAAAAUUGCCCCCGCUUAUCCAGGUCAAUACAUUACUAUCGCAUGGAAGAUACCAGGGUUGCCUCACGAAACACUCCGGGAAUAUUCUUUAUCCAAGUAUCCCGAUAUUCAAAAUAAUAUGUACCGCAUUUCUGUGCGUCGCAUUAAAGAUGGGGUUGUUUGUAAUUAUGUCCAUGAGCAUUUAAAGAAAGGCGAUGUUGUUGGGGUUAGUCCACCAGUCGGUAAAUUUACAUAUAGAAAGUUUGAAGGAAAUCAAAGUCUUCCGGUACUUUGUUUCGCCGGUGGUAUAGGUAUAACUCCAAUCAUAUCUAUCGUUGAAAGCGCUUUGUUGGAUGGGAGGAAAGUUGUUUUCUGUUACUCUAACAGAAACUAUGUGUCUCGCCCUUUUAAAAAUUGGCUUUUACAAAUCAAGGAUCAGUAUAAAGAUCAAAUUAAACUGAAAGAGUUCUUUUCACAGGAGGCGUAUGUGCACAAUGAGGAAGUUAUUGACGAGUUAAUGACACGCGUUUUACAUCGUGCAGAUAUAAAGGAAUUGAUCUCUGCUGACUGCGACAUAUAUUUGCUUGGACCCAAUAACUACAUGCGAUUUGUUAAAGAAGAACUUUUAAAACUUGGGGUGCAACCAAAUAAAAUAGCAACCGAGUUUUUCGGGCCAUACUCUCCUUAG